GCGCGCAGUCGCAGGUCCUUUUCCCGCUGUAGUUCAGCGUGUGUCCCUGUCGGUCAGUCGACCUGUCAUUUGUUUCGUCUUUGGGUCUCACCUGGGUGUCAGCAUGUCCCGCUGUCUCGCGCUGGCUCGGUUCGCUCUCGGUUCCUCUCAGAGGACCAGCUCGCGGCUGGUGUCAUCUGCACGCGGGCUGAGCAGCCCACCUGUCUCGCGCUCCUUGACUGGAGGUUUGUCGGUUGGACAGCUGCAGAGGUGGAGCAGUCGCCCCAGGGUGUGGAGUUCGCAGCAGGCCUGCCUUGGAUUCAGCCCACAGUCUUAUUACAGCACCCAGGAGGCAGAGAAAGAGCCAGAGGAGGAGCCUCUGCACAAUAUCAUCAGCGAUACAGAGGCUGUGCAAGGUAGUUUCCACAAACAUGAGUUUCAGGCCGAAACCAAAAAGCUGCUGGAUAUUGUCGCCAGGUCCCUGUACUCGGAGAAAGAGGUCUUCAUCAGGGAGCUCAUCUCUAACGGCAGCGACGCACUGGAAAAACUGCGCCACAAAUUGAUAUCGUCAGGUGGUGAAACGGCUCCAAUGGAGAUCCACCUGCAGAGUGAUGCAGCAAAGGGCACCUUCACCAUUCAGGACACAGGAAUCGGCAUGAACAAAGAUGAGCUGGUGUCUAACCUGGGCACUAUCGCCCGCUCCGGUUCUAAGGCGUUUUUGGAUGCUCUUCAGAACCAGGCGGAGGCCAGCAGCACCAUCAUUGGUCAGUUUGGUGUAGGAUUCUACUCCGCCUUCAUGGUGGCCGACCACGUGGACGUGUACACUCGCUCGUCUGAGACCGGUGCACCUGGAUACAAGUGGUCCUCAGAUGGCUCUGGGGUUUUUGAGAUUGCUGAAGCCACCGGCGUUCAACAAGGAACGAAAAUCGUGCUCCACCUCAAAGACGACUGCAAGGAGUUUUCCUCUGAGGACAGAGUUAAAGAGGUUGUUACAAAGUACAGCAACUUUGUAAGCUUCCCCAUCUUUCUGAAUGGACGGAGGCUCAACACUCUGCAGGCCUUGUGGAUGAUGGAGCCGAAGGAGAUCAGUGACUGGCAGCACGAGGAGUUCUACCGCUACAUCGCUCAGGCUUACGACAAGCCCCGCUACACGCUGCACUACCGCGCCGACGCCCCGCUUAACAUCAGGAGCAUCUUUUAUGUCCCCGAAGCGAAGCCAUCCAUGUUCGAUGUGAGCAGGGAGAUGGGGUCCAGCGUGGCUCUGUACAGCAGGAAGGUCCUGAUUCAGACCAAAGCUACUGACAUUUUGCCCAAGUGGCUGCGCUUCCUUCGAGGUGUGGUGGACAGUGAGGACAUCCCUCUGAAUCUGAGCAGAGAGCUGCUGCAGGAGAGCGCCCUCAUCAGGAAGCUUCGUGAUGUUCUGCAGCAGAGGGUGAUCCGCUUCCUGCUGGACCAGAGCAAAAAGGAGCCAGAGAAGUACAGCAAGUUCUUUGAGGACUACGGCCUCUUCAUGAGGGAAGGCAUCGUCACCACGCAGGAACAAGAUGUCAAGGAGGAUAUUGCAAAGCUGCUGAGAUUCGAGUCGUCGGCUUUGCCGGCCGGCCAGCAGACCAAUCUGAUGGAGUACGCGUCCCGCAUGAAGGCAGGCACCCGUAACAUCUACUACCUGUGUGCCCCUAACAGACAUCUCGCAGAGCACUCCCCCUACUACGAAGCCAUGAAGCAGAAGGACAUGGAGGUGCUCUUCUGCUACGAGCAGUUUGAUGAGCUGACCCUGCUCCAUCUCAGAGAGUUUGACAAGAAGAAGCUGAUCUCAGUCGAGACCGACAUCGUGGUCGAUCACUACAAGGAGGAGAAGUAUGAAGACAGCAAGCCAGCAUCCGAGCGCCUGACGCAGGAGCAGGCUGACGACCUCAUGGUCUGGAUGAAGAACUCGCUAGGACCCCGUGUGACUAACAUAAAGCUGACGCCUCGUCUGGACACCCACCCGGCCAUGAUCACAGUGCUGGAAAUGGGCGCCGCACGCCACUUCCUCCGCACCCAGCAGCUGGCCCGCACCGCUGAGGAGAGAGCCCAAAUACUGCAGCCCACACUGGAGAUCAAUGCAGGACACGAUCUGAUCAAGAAGUUGUUCGCACUGAAGGACACAAACUCUGAGCUGGCUGGAUUAUUACUGGAGCAGAUCUAUGACAAUGCCAUGAUCACAGCCGGCUUGAACGAUGAUCCCCGACCGAUGAUUUCCCGCCUCAAUGACCUCCUGACUAAAGCUUUAGAGAAGCACUGAGAGCUGCCCGCAGACACGCUCUGUUUUGGUGAAAGCAGCCUGUAGACUGGAGCAUUCGGAGCACCUCAGUGGUCGAUAAAGCCAGAGAACUGGACUUUGUAAAGAAUACACCACCUCUUUUCCCCUCUGAAGUCUUUCAUUUCCACCUGUGAAGCACACGUGAAGGCUGAAACAGGAACUGUCUGAAGAUUCUCCGUAAACACUUCAGUGUCUCUACGCUUUGUGUUCUUUGGUCCUGCCAUUAUCAGGACAUGAAGGUCAUGGUUGCACCUUUCUGUUGUUACAGUGUGACUUUUCCAUUAUGCUCACUCUUUUUAGUGUAUUUUCAGUUAAUAGUCAGGCUUUCUUAAUCGCAUCAUGAAUAUUCCAGGCUUCCCAGUGAGCGCUGAGGUUCUGAUAUGCUGCUGCCAGCUGGACUCAUCUUAAAUAUCUGAUAUUUUUCCAAGUUUGGAUUUAUAAGGAAGCUUUAUUGGUCUUCCUUUUGGAAAUGUGCCACCUCUAAGUUUCCAGAUAAUCUGUUUGGUUUGUGUGUUUUUCUGCUGAGAGUUGGAAAAAUGGCAGGAGAGUAACAACCUUGUCUCUGAGGUACAAAUUUUGAGCAGAAAAACAUUCAUCCUCCAGCUCAACCACAAGGACACUUAAGAGUAAAUCUUCUGCCACGGCCAGUGCCGGAUUUUGCAGUUUUAGCCAACGUGCUCCAAAUCUGCACCGAAAUUCAAAGUGUGGGGGGUUUCCUCCUUUGCCCAUGUUCCACCUCUCAGCACAUUUGAAAUUCAGCCUGCAAGUUUGUAGUCUUUUGCUGUUCUCACUUCUUUUGCUUGAACAGUUUUUCUUAUGUUCUUGUUUAGUUUUGUGGUUUGUGCUCAUACUCGGAGACUCGGCUGCAUUCAGGAAUCAGUGAACGUCAUUUCAAAUAGUGUGAGGAUUUAUGGAGUCUUGUCAGUAAAUAAACACAGAUUCAACAUCAUGCCAGGUUAAAGAAACGAAACUGUAAUCCAGAACUUUAAAAUACGAUUUUACUGCAUUUCAAAGUAACAUCUCUGCUGUGAGAGAGAAAAUAUAAGAUGAACCUCAGUUUUAAGACUUCAUCCUUCUGUGUGCAGUCUGUCUGCACGGCAGUUAGACCGCACAAGUUCAAGUGGUUCUCAGGAGUUUCUCUGUCCACCGUUAUCAGCACUGUCAGUCCAUUUCAACCACAUCUGGGUACUUUGACCCAUCAGAACUCCCGCCCAGGCUUCCUCUUCUUUUGUGAGCCGUCAUCGUGGUCUCACCUCCAGACUGUCCGAGAGCAUUGAAUCCCAGAGGAGCGUCAGGAGAGCUUAUCUAUGUUUUCUAAGAAGCGUUGGGCCCACCAUUCAUCCAAAUCUAUGGGCACAAAGUCUGAGAAGAAAACAGAAAUUAAACCAUUAGAUCCAUCUUUGUCCAUGGCGUGGAUGGUUGAGAAUAUGUCAAAAGGAUGAAAAAUAAAGAAUCACUAAAUAUUA